AUGCCUCAGCGACGCAGAAAGCCCAAGGAAGAACCUUUCAUGUCUCUCUUACAAGUACUUCCCUGGCCGGGAAUGAGUUACCCGUAUACGGGUUAUCUUCUCGGCCAGCCUCAUAGAGACGAUAGUGUCGUGACGGAACUCGAGAAAGCAGGACUUAUCCCGACUGGCGAAGGCACAGCGGCAAUAAAUUCAACCAAGUCUGUCGAUGAAGCGUUGGCAAACAUGUUCGCCCUGGGACUACAUCCUAAUAUCAAGAUCCACCUAGCCGCUCAAAACGGCGGCCUACUGGAAUUCCUCAGCGCUCUCAAGAAAGCCGUCCCCUGGGCCCAAAAUAUCGAAGAGUCGGUGUUCAUCGAGCUAUGUGAGCGCCUAGUCGCAGCGCGAAUGGUGUACCGCGAGACGUCAAUCGCGCCUUGGGACCGUCACCGCUGCAGCACGGCAAUGAGCAUCGACCAACUGUACAAAGAGAUCGGAGGCCUUUGGAACAUAGCGGAGUUCGAGCUUUACGAAAUUAUGGGAGGCUAUGAAGAAGAGAACGAUGCCAUGGACGUCGAGAUGACGGAUGCGUCGUCCGUUGCAUCGGAAGGCGAUGUCGAGGAGGAGAACAUCGGGGAAGGCAUGAGGCAGAUAAAUCUGAAGAACCGAAGGAACCCACGACACCACUGGUACCGAAGCGAGGAAGUAUGA